AUGGUUGCGCACCGCCUCGCGUGGUUCUUUCAAAUUGUUGCAAGGUCCACCGGCGCUCUCCAGAGCAGCUCCACCUUCGCCGUCUCCGAGGCACUGGCCUCGGGUUCGUCGACGCCAGCUCCGACACGGUCGCCGUUCACGUUCCCCGCCGUCUCGUUCGACGCGCGAGGUGCAUGCUGCGGUCACUGGAGCUGCGCGACUGCCGCAACCAGGAGGCAGGCUGUCCACAUCACUACGCGCGUGACGCUGCUCUUCAUGCAGGGCUCGCUGAAGGUGAUCUUCGGGGUGCCCUUCGUGCCCACCGAGCUGCUAACCGUGCAAAGCAUCAUUGGGCAGGGCGCUGUUCGGCGCAUGGUGGAGAAAUUCGUAAGCUGUACCUGGCCGAUCUCCUCCCUCUUCCAGAUGGUUGGGACACGGCUUCGACUGCUUCGGGUUGUUCCUCUUCGUCGUAUGCGCCUUCACUUGGCUUUCCGCCCUCGGCCUGGCUGCAUCCUGGAAGUGUGGCCCCACGUGCGGAGGGCAGGGAACCUCGUCUACCUGAUCGGCUUCCUGUUCCUCCUGCUGCUGGCCUCCGCCCUCUUCAUGCCGAGGAGGGAGGUGCUGCUCGUGAUAAAGAUCCUGUUCUUUGCCAUUCUGGUGAUUUACGUUCGCUCGCAGGGUGUGAUCGUGCAGAUCAAGCUUGUGGCUAUUCUGUUCAUCGUCCUGAGCGUGCUGAUCGUGGAGCCGCGGCGGGACAAGAGGAUCCAGUUCCUGCAGUACCUGCUCCUGAUCGUGGUGAAGGGUCUCUGGGCCGCCGGUGGUGGUUUGCGCGCCAGUGCAUCGCUAGCAAAUGGCUGGCUGACGCAGCUACUGGAUCCUCGUCAUCAACACACCCGGCCCCUGGAGAACGCCCUCUGA